UAUCGUUUGUAAUAGCUGCAGUACAGGCUUCUGACCACUCGGAGGUGCUCUAACGAAGCACUUUUCGAAACACUUCAAAACAUUGAAACGUUUGUGGAGCUGUUGACCAAAGCUGUCCACUUCAUUCUCUGAUAGCAGCCGAAACAUCACGCUGAAAUGCAGAUAAAUUGGGAAAAACAGACGCCGUUUACAAUAAGUACUUGUUUAAUAUGACGGUAGACAGGACUUAGCAUUACCAGUUAACUUUUAGCUCGAGUUGAGUGAGCGGAGCUAACGUUUUGUUUUUAUUUAUUUAUUUUUUUUGCGCUUCUUGUUUUGUGGUUGACGUCAGAUAACUUUUCUACCAGAAGACAUGAGUUUGUGAUCUGACCCGGGCCGUCUGAAGUCAUGGCGUGGACGCGCUUUGAUCGGGUAACGCUGAAGCAACUUUGACUUGUGGCUGGCGUUAGCCGGCUAAGCUAAGUGUGCUAAUGGCCCAGACGGAGAUCCGGCGACAGUCGGCGGACACGCGGAGCAUCCGGACGGUCAGCAGCAGCCGCGUCGACGACGAGAGUUCUCUGGGAUCUGACUCUGAAGUCAACGGCUUCACCAGCGACAGACAGACCGACAAGUACGGAUUCAUCGGCGGGGCGCAGCAGCACAGUGAAGACUCGGCUCAGGAUGUUCCUCCAGAGGUGCUGAGGCAGCGGGAGGUGAAGUGGUUGGACAUGCUCAACCACUGGGACAAGUGGAUGCUCAAGAGGUUCAACAAGGUGAGACUGCGGUGCCAGAAAGGAAUCCCACCCGCCCUCAGAGGCCGAGCGUGGCUCUACCUGUCCGGGGGGAAGGUGAAGAAGGAACAGAACCAGGGCAAGUUCCAGGAGCUGGACAGCCAGGCGGGCGACCCCAAAUGGCUGGACGUGAUUGAGAAAGACCUCCAUCGACAGUUUCCUUUUCACGAGAUGUUUGUGUCGCGGGGAGGACACGGACAGCAAGACCUGUUCCGGGUUCUGAAAGCAUACACUCUGUACAGACCGGAUGAGGGAUACUGUCAGGCUCAGGCGCCCAUUGCUGCCGUGCUGCUCAUGCACAUGCCCGCUGAGGAUGCUUUCUGGGGUCUGGUCCAGAUCAGUGAGCGGUACCUUCCUGGAUACUACAGUCCCGGCCUGGAAGCGAUCCAGUUAGAUGGAGAAAUCCUCUUUGCACUGCUGCGCCGCGUCUGCCCGCUAGCUUUCCGCCAUCUGGAGAAGCAUAAGAUCGACCCCAUCCUGUACAUGACUGAGUGGUUCAUGUGCGCCUUCUCCAGGACCCUCCCCUGGGCCUCGGUGCUGCGUGUCUGGGACAUGUUCCUGUGUGAUGGAGUGAAGAUAAUCUUCCGCGUGGCGCUGGUGCUGCUGAAAUGCAUGCUAGGGAGCCGUGAGAAGCUGAAGGCCUGCCAGGGCCAGUAUGAGACCAUGGAGCUCCUCAGGGCCAUCGUGCCUCGCUACAUGCAGGAAGGCUUCCUGGUUCACCAGAUUCUGGAGGUGCCGGUGACGGCGCGAGACGUGGAACGGGAGAACCACAUCCAGCUCAAAUGCUGGAAGAAGAACCAUGGGGAACUGAAUUUCAAAUCGCCUCCCAGAAUGCAUGGCGCCCGGCUCAUCAUGUUGGCAGAGCCGCCCAGGCAGCAGGACCUGCAGCAGAACCCCACCAUCAUAAUCAAUACGCCGCAGUCCACACUGAAGGUGAGGAAGAGCAAGGAGGAGAAGAAAAGCAAGAAGAGAAGCAGCCACAGGCCCAAGCCAAUUGAGGAGAUCCCAAAUCCAUACGCUCUACCCACUGACCCUCCUCCCCCGCCUGCCACCCCACCUGCGCCACCUCCUGCCAGCGGCACGGUGCCAGGGACCCUGUCAGAGACUCCAGACGUCUCUCAGCAGCAGCCCGACCCUCCUGCCAAAGAAUGUCCACAGCAGCAGUCCACACAUAGCCUCAGCUGCAGCGAGCAGGACACGUACCUGUAGCUCCUCCCAGCCUCACCCUCCGCGGUGUUCAGGGGUGACCUCCUGAUGCCACAAACCUGUUCGAGAGAGACUUCUGUCUGAAUAUUCCACAAUCAUUUCUCCAAGGUUUAAGUUGGACUUCAGGACCAGUAAAGUGCCACAGCUUUUUCUACACUUUUAUACUCCAGCUUAUUCAGUUUUAGACUCCAGGUGGCAGUCUUGCACUGCCCAGCUGCAAUUCUUUCAAUGUUCUAUGUUUGAAAAUCCAAAUCCAGCAAUGUUGGGAGACUUUGAAGAAGUCACUCUAAGUGGGAGUGUGUGUGUGUGUGUGUGUGUGUGUGUGUGUGUGUGUGUGUGUGUGUGUGUACAACCUUCAAUACUCAGACGUUUCUGAUGCGUGAAGCAUCAAACUUUCCUCAAUAUGACACAUUCCUGCCUUAUAAGAGUUUAACCAGCAUAGCAGCGCUUGUUUGCCAAGUGCAAGAUUUUGUGAUUUUUAUGUGAGUGUGCACAGUGGUAAAACGCUGCUGACCUUCUCGUGACCUCACUAACCUGCAGCCUGCUUAUUCUGUUAUUGCACUUAUGAGGGAUUGGCUUUAUUUGGGAUAUUUGUAACUUGUUGUUUGGGAUUGGGAGACUUGUCAAAUGCUUCGGGACAAUCUUUUUACUUUAGUGUGGAGACAGAUUGUUUUCUAACUUCUUACAUAUUGAUUAAUUAUUAGCAGUCUGGUGUCGUUAAAAAAGAUCUUUUGAAGGAUAACGUUUACGUGAUCAUUAUUCCUCUUGUUUUUCCACACCUGAUGUUUCCCAGAUGUGCCUGUGGGUCGGACCCGGUGUCCUCUGUGUUGUCGUGAGGACAGCUCUUCGAUGUGUGAUACAGUAUCUCACUCAGCGGUGUGUUACGCCACGGUGGGACAUCUGAGCGUUUGCUUUGUACAUUAUAUCUUAACACUAAAAAAGUAGUAACGUUUGCUUUCACUCACACGAGGAUAAACUGGUGAUGUGUCUCCACCGAGGACCACACAAGCAUCGUCACCAGGUUCUACAAAUAAAAGUUUGGCAAAAGCAUUUUGGUGGCAUGUUUGUCUGCAGUAAUCAUAACUAGUAAGACCUUUCGGCUGCUCCCUUGUUUGCACUCAUGGUCCAAGGUGGAUCUGCAUGGAGAAAUGUGGCAGGGGUGGGGUUUGAACCGGGAACCUCCUGCACCGAAACCAAGCGCACUAACCACUUGGUAACCGCCCCUGCCCCGCAGUCAUCAUAACUAAUGCACCAGAAUAUCUCUGUGCCUUUUGGUCUGUGCAGUGUCUUAUUUUCAACAGCAGGUGGCGGACCUGCUCC